UUUAACGUGUUAUGGCUUGUGUGGCCAGUGCCGUCCUGUCCCGUUCCGACUGGGUACUCUUUGGAUUUAAAACAAUCAUCAAUAAUGAUUAACAUUUAUGACGACAUCUCUUAUAAAUUGAAAUAGAUAAACGAUGUAAACAGUAUUUAAUAAGUAUGUGAUCCAAAUCAAACAUAUCUCCUAUCUCUGUGAUGAUAGAUAAUUUGAAAUGAAACAAGAAAGCAGGAGUUUCACUAAGCUAUGGAUUGGUGGAAUCCUCAUCCAUCUCACAGUAUUAGGUCUUAUUUUAGACCUAUACUUUAAAUCACCUGUAAAUACAGGAAUGACACCAUACAAAUCAGAUAAACCCUUUGCUCAAAGAGCUGUGCUGUUUGUUGCUGAUGGCUUGCGUGCUGAAACGUUUUUUAACUCGAAGAAUCAUAGGACUCCUUACUUAAGUCAACUUUGCAAUGGGACUGGUGCUUUCGGAGUCAUUAACACCAGAGUGCCAACUGAAUCAAGGCCUGGACAUGUGGCAAUUCUUGCUGGACUUUAUGAAGACCCAAGUGCUAUAUUUACAGGGUGGAAAGCAAAUUUAGUGAGUUUUGACUCGAUAAUAAAUCAAAGUAACUAUGUCUGGGCACUGGGAAGUCCUGAUAUAGUUAAUAUAUUUCCUAAAUUAGAUACAUGCAAACUGCACGUUGCUUCUUAUAAUCCAGAAGAUGAAGAUUUUUCAGGGAGGAGUUCAACAAUAAACUUGGAUACUUGGGUAUUUGAUCAAAUGAAAAAGUUAAUGACACAACAUCACCCUUGUCUUGCUGAUAUAAUAAAAUUGGAGCAAAAACUAAAGACCAUACAGUAUGAAAAGCAACAAUACUCAGUAUUAAGAGAGCAAUGCAUCUCUGAUAAUAAAGGUUGCCAGGGAGAACUUUGUCCUCAUGAAGAAAAUCUUUGUUUGUCAAAGUUAAACAAAGUUCUGGUACCACUGAUGGCAGCUGAAAUAGACAUGUUUGCACAUAUGACUGUGUUAAAAAAUAAUUGUAAGGCAACCUGCAGUGAACUAUGUGAAGAAGGAAACUUCUUCUUCUUACACCUUUUAGGCAUGGACUCCGCAGGUCAUAUACAUAAGCCAAACUCAAAAGAGUAUUUUAACAAUUUAAUUGCGGUGGACAAAGGAAUACACGCUACGGUAGAAGCAGUGGACAAGUUUUAUGGGGAUAACGCGACAGUGUACAUCUUUACUUCAGACCAUGGUAUGACGAAUUGGGGAAGUCAUGGUGAUGGAUCAGAUCAUGAGACCAAGGUACCUUAUAUUGUAUGGGGAAAAGGCAUUAAAGGGAGUAGCAACCCUCACGACAUGGAACAAGCUGACUUAGCUCCAUUGAUUGCCACACUUAUUGGUGCUCCCAUACCCAUAAAUUCAGUAGGUGUACUUCAGGAACAAUUAUUAGAUGGAUCAGCUGUAGAAAUAGCUCAAGCGCUUCUUGUCAACGUAAAGCAAAUAUCCGAGCAAUACUUAAUUUUGUGUAAAACGUUCGAGAAUACAUUAUUGUUUAAAGAAUUUUUAUCGUUUACUGAGGGUAACACUGUCGAAAGUCAGAUUGCAAACUUAAAACUGUUACUCGAAAAUGGUAAAACCGAUAUGGUUAUAAUGAAAUGCCAUAAGUUGAUCGAAGACCUUAAACACGGCAUAACAUACUUGAGCAAUUAUUAUUAUAUACCAAAAAUGGUAUGCAUUAUGUCCGGUUUUAUUAGUUGGAUGGUAGCGCUAUUAGUUUCAACUUUGGAUCCACCAAGAAAUAGACGAUAUAUUCAAGAAUAUAUCUCAAAUUUGGAAUCUCAAAUUUUUAAAAUACUCGCAUCAGUUAUGCUAAUUAUUAUAUCGUUCCUGUAUAAUCUGAACAGUUCUUACACUGCAUAUAUUUAUGCAUUAUUCCCGGCUAUAGUGAUUAUAACUGCAUGUAGCAAUGACGAUUUGAUGGGAAAGUUGAUAUCUACGAAUUUCAACAAGAAAACUCGAGACUUUAUGAUUUUCUUAAUAUCCUCACUUAUGAUACAAUUCUUGGUCAAAAGUUUUUUUAAUAAGAUAUAUUGUGCCGUGAUUUUUGGUAUAUUAUUUCUGUGGAUGUUUUUCGUCAACAUAAAUAGACACGUGAAAAUUUUGUGGAUGGCAUGCUGUGCCAUUCUUAUUGCCUUGCUGUAUUAUCCUACAACUACUAAUUUUACUUAUAUCGGAUUUGGACUCGGUGUUUGUGUUUGGUUACUAUUUUACCUAAACGUGAUCAGGAGCAAAUUACGUGAGUUUGUGGAAGCAAGCCAUUACAAGAGAACUUUCUUUUGGAAAGCUUUAAUAAACAUACCGUUGCUUCUGUUUACACUAUCCGUCUGCAAUUCUAUAUAUAUUGCGAAUAGUUUUAUUAAUGAAAAUGGUGUUUUCAUGAUGAAUAAAUCUAUUUCAUGGAUCAUGACUGUGUUGGCCCUGGUAUCGAUAUUUCUAUCCCCAACAACCAUUUAUGGACGUUUCGGUCAAAUUGCGUCAUGUCUAAUUGUUCCACUGACAUUAAUGUCUGUGAAUAUAGAUUUAUUCGUUUAUACCGUCAUAGUUGGAACUCUCUACUUGUGGAUUAGAAUUGAAGGAACUAUUUAUAAUAGUUAUUACAAUCUAAAUUAUAUUUACUAUAAUGCCUUACAUGACCUUAAAACUUCGACGAGAUUAUCUGAUUUCAGAAAAACCUUUAUAUAUUUAUCUUUAGUAAUCGGAUAUUACUUUGCUAUUGGAAAUAUAGCUAGUGUUAAUGGUUUUGAUCCUAUGUGGACACGUGCUUACGUUAGUACAUUCAACCCCAUAUUGAUGUGCCUAUUAAUUAUUUUAAAAAUGGUUAUUCCCUUUUUUAUCAUAACCUGCGCUUUCCACACGGUGAAUUUGUUAACCAAAGCAAAUUCGGUAUCUACUUUUAAAAUUUUAUUGCUAUACUGUGACCAGAUGGUGAUCAAUUUUAUCCUUCGCAUACGAAAUGAAGGUUCGUGGAAGGAUAUAGGGCAGUCGUUGUCGCAUUUUGUAAUUAUGGAGGCGAUGAUUUUGGUAAUCAUUAUAUUUUACGCAUUUUCGUAUUAUAUAACAAGGCAGAAAAUGCCAUACCACAAAAAGAUGUUUGAAGUGAUAUGCAAGGAGCAACUUAAUGAAAACGAAUGGGGAAUAAUCAAUCAAUAUCGUCAUAUGCGUCAGGAUAGUCGAAUCCAAUUUGAUGAUGAUAAAUCUGAGCCGCCCAACACUUCGCUAGAAUCCGUUUUUGCUCCGAAUGUGCCGGUAAACCCUACAACCGAUGAUGACAAGGUAUUCAAGAAGCCAGCAAUACCAAAGAUGAAAAAACGGAAGAAUAUACCGUGUCGAUUCGGGCAUACGGAUUUUGGUACAGAAGUUGAUUACAUCGACCCAAUUGCUAGAUUUCCGCCUGGAAAGCUGCCUCUGAAUACGAUUACAGAUCGUUCGCAGAUGGAGUUACCAACACCACUGCACUGCGACCCUUCCUCUAUAAAUGCUCCAGGUCCAUCUAAUAUUAUGUCCGAAGCAGGACCAUCCCGAAUUCAUCACAAACUUAAAAGAGAAAUCAAGAAUCUUAAAAGGCAAAGCAAUCCCGGAAUAUUAAAUGAGCCUAUGCAGUUGCGACCACUUCCGUGUAUGAAAAGUAAAAUCAAAAAAUUUAAAGCGUCAAAGAAAGGCCUUAUAAUACGCCCAGUUAUUCCUGAACUACCCAACGAAUUCGUCCAGGCCAUGCUACAGAGUGAACCAAUGCCGAUCUCAGCUGAUUCUAAUACCCCGAAACGAAAGGACGACAAAGAAGAUGACUAAAUAAUAUGUUAAUAUUUAGUUUAUAGUAUAUUUGUGUAUACGAGAGAAAUAUCUUAUUUAAUGAUA